AGAGAGAGAAGGAGGUGGAGGAGGAGGAGGAGGAGAGAGAGACAGAGAGGAGAGGGAGACAGAGAAGAGACAGAGACAAGGAGAGGAGAGAGACAGCAAGAGGAGAGAGACAAAGAGAGAAGAGACCCAGAGACCCAGAGAAGGAUAGAGACGGGGAGCGAGACCGAGGCGGGGUGGGGGGUGGGGGGUGAACAUAUGACUCAGUAACUUUGGAGCCGCCGUGUUUUCUCCCCUGCGAACCCGGGAGCCUCCCAGGCCCGCUCGGCAUGUAUUCGUCCCCGCUGUGCCUGACCCAGGAUGAAUUCCACCCGUUCAUCGAGGCCUUGCUGCCCCAUGUCCGAGCAUUCGCCUACACCUGGUUCAAUCUGCAGGCUCGGAAACGCAAGUACUUCAAAAAGCAUGAGAAGCGCAUGACAAAGGACGAGGAGCGGGCAGUGAAGGAUGAGCUGCUGGGGGAGAAGCCUGAGGUCAAGCAGAAGUGGGCGUCCCGGCUCCUGGCCAAACUGCGCAAGGACAUCCGGCCCGAGUGCCGAGAGGACUUCGUCCUAGCCAUCACAGGCAAGAAGCCUCCAGGAUGCGUCCUCUCAAACCCGGACCAGAAGGGCAAGAUGAGGAGGAUCGACUGCCUGCGCCAGGCGGACAAGGUGUGGCGGCUUGAUCUCGUCAUGGUGAUCCUCUUCAAGGGUAUCCCCCUGGAGAGCACCGACGGGGAGCGGCUGGUCAAGGCUGCCCAGUGUGGCCACCCCGUGCUUUGUGUCCAGCCCCAUCACAUCAGUGUCUCAGUGAAGGAGCUCGACCUGUACCUGGCUUAUUUCAUCAGAGAGAGAGACUCAGAGCAGAGCGGCAGCCCCCGGGCAGGAAUGGGCUCUGACCAAGAAGACAGCAAGCCCAUCACACUGGACACCACAGACUUCCAGGAAAGCUUUGUUACCUCUGGGGUCUUCAGUGUCACCGAGCUCAUCCAAGUCUCCCGGACACCUGUGGUGACAGGCACGGGACCGAACUUCUCCCUGGGCGAGUUACAAGGGCACCUGGCCUAUGACCUGAAUCCUGCCAGCACAGGCAUGAGAAGAACACUGCCCAGCACCUCCUCCAGUGGGAGCAAACGACACAAAUCAGGCUCCCUGGAGGAAGACGUGGACACGAGCCCCGGCGGGGAUUACUACACGUCACCCAACUCCCCGACGAGUAGCAGCCGCAACUGGACGGAGGACAUGGAAGGGGGGAUCUCACCCACGGUGAAGAAGACUGAGAUGGACAAGUCCCCCUUCAAUAGCCCAUCGCCUCAGGACUCACCCCGCCUCUCCAGCUACACCCAGCAUCACCGGCCUGUCAUCGCUGUGCACAGCGGUAUCGCCCGGAGCCCUCACCCCUCCUCCACGCUGCAUUUCCCAACCACCUCCAUCAUCCCCCAGACGGCCUCCACCUACUUCCCCCACACUGCCAUCCGAUACCCGCCUCAUCUCAACCCCCAGGACCCCCUCAAAGAUCUCGUCUCCUUGGCCUGUGACCCAUCCAAUCAGCAGCCAGGACCGUUAAAUGGAAGUGGUCAAGUCAAAAUGCCCAGUCACUACCUUUCCACCCAGAUGCUGGCACCGCCACCGCCCCCAGGCAUGCCCCGGCUGGCUCUCUCCCCUGACACCAAAUCUACCACCACAACUUCCGAGGGAGGAACCACAUCGCCGACUUCGCCCAUCCUGGUAUCUGGGAUAAACAAGGUUCUCCCCACACGUCCCUUCUCCUGUGUCUUGGGGCUAUCCCGGGGGGAGAAAGGCAGCCCCCCGGCCCACGUUUUCGGUGGAGAGCUAGUGCGAGUGAGGACGUCCUCCCAGCCACCCCCGCCAACAUCCAACCCGACAAAAAAAACAAACAAACAAAAACACAACAAAAAGAGACAAACAAAACACAAAGACGAAAACCAGAGGUAAGACAGAAAAGUCAGAGACUCUCUCCGAAGAGCGAGUGAGGUUCCGCGCCUGGCAGUCAGGAACACGGUCGCCCGGUCCCCCAGCGACAGACACCCCGGCCGAGGGGCCCCGGGGGGCAGCCUAUGCAACACGGUGUCUUUCUAAUUUAUUCAUCUCCUCUCCGCCUGCCACGACUGAAGAAAGGACCGGAUGCCCAGCCUGUCCCCCGACCCCGCCCCCUGCUCCCAUGCCCGCUCCCAGGACACGCGGCUGCUUGCCCCUGUUGGCACCGGGCAGGCUGAGGGCAGUUCCCAUUGGCACCAGCGGCCAUCCCUCGGCCUGGGGAUGAGCAGAUUUAAACAAACAGACAGCGUGCUUUGGGUUAGCUCCCAGACCCACUGUCCAGACUCCUUUCCCAGAGAGAGGUGAGCGUGUCCCUAAGGCCCACUACAGACGGGCCGUGAGAGGUAAAGGAGCCGGACCUUGUGCAUUCUCUCCUCCCCGCCUGCCCUGCCCUGGACGCCCGCUCCGGGGCCGGACGGCAGCAUUCCAAAAAGGCCGGGCCCGUCAUGCUUGCUAUUUGCCAAGGAGCUCAGGCAGCAGCCUGCUGGGGACCAGGGGACCCGUCCCAAGUGGCAGACGCGCCAUGGGCCCACCGCUCUGGGGGUGCUGUGGAAAGGGGGGGAGCGGAGACCGCAGGGCCUCUGAGGGGGCGAUGGUGGCGGGGAGAGAGCGGCUCUCGGGGGCUUGGGGCACCGAGGUCAGGGCGGGGGCCACCGAGAGGGUCAGAAGGUCGGUGAGCGUGGCACAGCAGGGGCAGGGCUUGGUGGCACAGGGCCCCUUGGUGAGAGGAUUCAGCACGAUCUAAACUAAAAAAAAAAAAAAAAAGCCGGAGCCCCACCCAAAUUCCUUUGCCCCAAAGGACUCAUUGAAAACACCCCAUUUUCUGCCCCAUUUUUCGAGACAUCUAAUUUGGCCUGAACUUGGUCCUGGACCCCUCUCGCGUCUGUAUUUCUAUCUGACUGGGACUUGUUCCUUCUUCAUGCCUACCCCAUUUGGGAGAAAAGGUCUAUGCAAUCAGUCCCACUCCUCCCCUAGUGUGGUGCCCUGGAGCCUGGGACCCGGGAACCGAAAGGACGGAGGAAGGAGGGGGCCCACCAAAACCUGUGCCCCAAAGCCUGAGGCCCUGGGGAUGAUGUACGCGCUGCAAAAGAUGCACUUUUGGAGGACAGAAAGGGAAGGGGAAGCCACCGAAAGACCUGCCCCUCACCUGCCCGCUGCUCCCAAGGCUUUAGUCCGACUCUUAAGGAUCUUGACAGGCCUCUCGGAUUGGAGAGGUUGUGGGGUGGGAUGGGAAAGACAGGUCCCCCCCCCGACAAAAACGCUCUCCCCCUCCCCUUCCCCACCCCGGCUAGCUGGGCUGUGGAGUGGACGCGAUUUAAGUGCCUGAAUCCUGGAUCGCUGCCCUCAGCUACUGCCCUCCCCCCACAACAGGGCCGAGCGAUCAUGGAUGGCCAGAGCCAAGACCUGGUGGCCCUCUGCCCUCCAUGCCCGCUCGAGGCACCUCCACCUCCCUUUGCCAACUCCGCAGACCCCCCUUCCUGGGCCCUGCUGGUUCCCUGCGCAUCAUCACUGAGAUACCUCGCCAAGGGCCACCCGGAGACCCUGGGGUCCCUGGUUUCUAGUCGGUGUCUGGGCCUCAGGCCUCUCCCUGGGGAAGGAGGAAGGGGACGCCCCCCUCCCCAGCGGCCCUUCCUCCCCAUUCAACAGGUAUCUCUUUGGGUCUCAGACCCCCUCAUCUCCUUACCUCCCCCAAGCCAGAGAGAUGGGAGAGUGAAAGACAGAGUGGGCAUCUGCCCCUGCCAGCCAACCGCCCGUCUGGGACAGGGGAGACCGGGGCCCAAGGGGGUCAGGGAAGCUGCCCCUCCCCGGUUCUCUCCUGUCCCCUCUGCCAGUGCCUUAAAACCAAGAGUGACGCCCUUCCCCCAUCCAUGUCCCCCCCACGCCUAUGGCUGCCCUCCUCCCCAGCUCAGCCCAGGCCAGGCCAAGGGGACCCGCCCCAUUGCACUUUCGUCUUCCCUGUUGGCUCUUGGGAGUGUGUGAGAUAGGGUGGAAAGGAGAGGCUGCUCGGUCCGGUCCCCUGCUCCGUGACUGAUCCCCGCGAGGGGGGAGACCUCGGUGGGGAGGGAGGGGUCCAGGCCCGGGAGGGCCGCGAUCCGGCGGCGAGGGAGAGCCUGCCCCACCCGGCCGGCGAGGAGGCGGUGCCCCGGGCCCGCCUCGGCUCUCGCUGCCGCCGCCGUGCUCCCCCGCCAUCGCCCCCAACCCACGCACCCCAGCAGAGUGAGAAGUAGCUCGGGCCUGGGGUGGGCAAUCUGUUAAGCAUUUCCGUUGAGCCGCUCUGAUAACACUAAGCUCAGGGAGCCAGCCCUAGGCCUCCCUCCUGUUCUCACCUCUGACCCGACCUCCCCCAGUCACCAGGGGAGGGAGGAGAUGCCUGGGACUACCACUUCUGGGGUGCCCUCGGGCCCUGUGAGACCCACGUCUGACCUUUCUAGACCUCCUUCCCACUGGUCUCGGAGGGGCCCUGGAGGGGGUCUGAGCCAUCUUUGGGGCCCUGAGCCGGAGGGGCUCCUCCCCCGUGGGAAUCUCGCUCUUGGCCCCAGGUCCCACCUUCCUUCUUUCUCUCUUCUCACCCACCCACUGCCACCUCCUCCAGAGACCAUCCUUUCCUCUCAAACUGGCACAAAGGCGUGGCAAGCCCAGUGGAUCCGAAAGAGAAAGACCAGAGUUUCCUAAGCUCCCUCCUCAGUUCCUCUUCCUCCCCUGUGCCAUCCUUCUCAUCCUCUGGAGCUUCCCCGAUGGCAGCCUCGUCGCCCAGUGGCAGAGGGUGCCAUCCUCGUGCACUUAACCCUGGUGUCCUCCCCACCCCCAAGAGGGCCCCAAGCCACUGGACGGGGUUGGCCUUCGGGACCCGAAGCGAGCCUCUCUUGGGGGGGGGAGGGCGAAGAGCGUGUGCGUGCGAGAGUGCGUGUCUGUGUGUGUGCGUGUCUGUGGGGGGGGUGGGCAUUGGAACCUUCGGUACAGGCAGCCCUAGCUCCCUAGGGUCUUAGGGGUGGGGGUGGGGAAGGACCGCAUUCCAGCGGGACCUUGCGGAACCAAGCUGGGCUAGCAAGUUGGCGUUCAAGGGGAGAACUCAAAGCUAAUAAAACUGCAUGGUGCUUAACCAGGAACUCGUGUGACCUAGCUCAAGCUGUCAGCUCGGAGCUGAUAAAUGCAUGGCAGACUAUAACUGGCUCUACCUUUCCCCCUCUCCACCUUCCCCUGCCCCGUCCUCUUUAAAAAAAAAAUUAUAUAAAAAAGUGAAAAAAAAUUCCAUGUUUCCUAAUUUGCACGAAAUUUUCUAUCACAUGAUGUGCCUUGCCUUCCAAGAAUAAGUAUUAACUUUCAACGGUAUCACCGCACAGAGAUAGCUGCAUGCUCUGCUCGUGUAGUUAAAAUAAAAUCAAAUAAAAAAUAAAAAUGGAAAAGGGGGAUGUACUUCUAUUUGUAAAAAAAACAAAAACAAAACAAAACAAAACAAAAAAACUCAAACCCAUCCAGCGUCCAGCCCUCCUCAGCUCCUUCUUUGGGCCUCACCUCCGUCCAUCUCUGUUCAUGUUUCUUGGGCCUAAAGAGGGGUUCCUCAUGUAAUGGCCAUCCCAAAGCCUUUCUAGCUCUUGCCCCUUUCUCAGCUAUCUGCCCAAAGCUAAGCUCGAAGGGUCCAGGAGGCUGUUUGUUUUUAAUUUGGAAAUGUUAACAUCCAGACCCUAAAGGGAUUGUCCCUGGAAGAGGAGGGCUGCGCUCCUACCGUCCUGGAUGACCACCUCCUAGGCUGUUACCCUGAGGUGACCAUCUCCUAGAGUUAAGACCCUAAAAGAGACACCCCCCCCCAGAGCAGCACUCUGACUGGGAACCUGUCCUCUAGGAUGUCACCCUCACAGACGAGCGCCUUCUAAAGGGUCACCUCACGUGGGGUGGCCAUCUCUUAGAGUGUCACCCUAACGGAAAGUACUUGUCCUCUGAGGUGUCGCCCUAACUGGAAUAACUGCCUCCCAGGGUGGCAACCUGAAAAAUUGUCCCCCAGCAUCUCAUCCCAGCUGGACGACUGUCAUCUUAGAUAUCACCCUACCUGGGGUGGGAGGGGGAGUCCCGUAAGGGAGCACUAACUGGGAUGACUUCCUCCCUAGAUUCAGUCACCCUGAUGGAAACUUGUGUCCUCCAGCACGUCACCCUAGCAUGUAUGACUGCCUCCUAGGGUGGCACUCUAUCAGGGACCAUUCUGUCCCAGGGGGUCACCCUAGCGCAGAUGACAGAUCCCCCCUCCGCCUCUAAAAUUCUCCAGUUCUGACCGUUUCCUCGGCAGCCCCAGUGAGGGCUCAGGCUUCCACAAUCAUUAUUUAACGUAGGAGAAAUGGUCAUUCUUGUGUCUCUUCCACCUGACACUUCCCCCACCCACCCAUAUAAGUUUUGCCAAAGCCCUUUCUUUCCCUCUCCCUCACUCCCCACUUGGUGGGCCAUUUGGGGAUGGAUUUUGCUCCUGCCCUGACAGCUUCUCCCUUGCUCCAUGUCUUCCAGUUGUGAAUACGAAUGCAUCUAGUAUGGCAAAAGUAUAUAUUUAUCUAUCUAUCUCUCUAUAUGCAAUACCUGUUUAGUCUCUGCUCCUCGGCUGGCUAACCACUCUGGGUGACUUCAUGGGGAGAGACAGGAGGAGGGCCUUAGAGAAGCUGCUUUGAUCUGGGAGUGGGUUGGGAUGGAGGUCGAUGGUCCCGUUUCAUUUUCCUGGGCAGUUUUGUGUUUGUUUUAUUUUUCCUAAUUGACCAAAGCAAAGCAUGUGCUGUGUUUCUCCUCCCUAGAUACUUUCUCUCCCCCUCCCCCUGGUUAUGGGGGCCAGGGUUUAGGGUGAAGGGCUGAACUUAGUGACCCAAGCUGUGAAAUUAAGGGAAAGAGCCGCCUUCCAGCCUCUGGUCCUCUCUUCUCUAGGGUCCUUCCAUCAUCUAUUUCAUCAUUGGGUCAGGGACGGUCAUCCUCCCACCUACACCCCCCCCCUAUCUUUUUUGCUUCUUGGGAAGUAAGGUGGUGGUGGAGCCUAGGAAUGAGAACAGGGGAUCACCAUGUACCUGUAGCUCACCCGGCAGAUCUUGGGGAGUUCAGAAAAGUUUGAGGCUCUGUCUUGGUCAUUAUGGCUCCAUGGUUCCUUCCUCACCAUCACUACCACAACACUCCUCUUUCCAAGCUAUCAUCUUCCUGGGUCUCCCUUGACACCUACUUUUGGCUUUUGAGCAAGGCUAGGGCCGUGGGCUCCCAUUUCUGUCCCAUGAGACCCCCCCCAGUUCAUCCUGGAUUUUAGUUAUUUCCUUUCCAUACCAUCCUUUCUUCUUUCAAAAGUGCCACUAAAAACCAGAGCAGGGGUGGGGGAAAUGUGUGAAGAGUAUGACAACUCCAUUCUAUCUUGUUUCCCGAAUCUAAAAGCUGGGGGAGUUUGUGUCUGAGAAUUGGGUUGUAUGUGACUGAUUUAAACAAGAAAGGCCCUUUGUGUUAGCUAAACCAGAGAAAGUGGCCUAGAGGCUUCCUGGAGAUGCUAGUGGUCAAGUCAGAAAGUCCUGAGGUCAUUUUGUCCAUCUUCCUACCUCCAUCCUGGCCUGGAUCUCAUCCCCCCCACCAUUCCCUAAGUCAAGAACAGUAUGUAGAUUUCCUCCAAGUCAGAAGCUCCCUCGGCCAAACACUUCCUGUCCUGUUCACUUGUUCCACAAAUAGUUCCUGAGAGCCAGGGGCUAUUCAAGACUCAGAUGGGUGGGCUUUCCAUUCUCUUAAACACAAGUCAGCACUCUUGCCAAGGAGUCAAAAAUUCAAAAUCCCAUCCCCUUCUCCUCUCUCCCUUUUUGUCCCAUUCUCUUCUCAGUUGUAGAGAGCCUUUGUCCUGCCAAUAUCAAUCUUUUGAUUAGAAUUCUGUGGAAAGGGAAAGAGGUUGGAAACCCAUCAUCUGCGUGGAAACUCAUGCAAAACAAUGGCCUUGAGGCAUAAUGGACAUAAAACAUAGAGGACCCAGGCUGGAGUAGCACUGAGGUUGUUGGGAGUAAAGGCAAUAUAUAGCCCCUUCUAGGAGCUGCCUUGAACACCCUCUCCCCCCUCCCAAAAUGUAAGAACCCUAGUAGUAAAUGCUCAGUCAGUCUAUUUCACUCCUCAAGCUGCUUACAUCUUGAGUUGGGAAUGAGAAAAAGAAAUGCUUUUGUGUUGAUAGAGAAUUUGGAAGAUCAACAGACUCUUCCCAAACAAAGGAGAUUUUGGUCAAAGGACCACAUCCUCCUAAUUCUAGCCUUCUCACCACCUCCAGAGGCUUAAAGAGACUUGGGAGCUUAUUUAGCAUUGACCAUGUCCCAACUAUAAACAGAGUAAUUCCGGCUCCCAUCCAGUCCCCUCCACUUAAGAUGUCUCAUUGGUCACCUCUGCCUUCAAGGCAUCUAUCAUUCUGCCUAAUAGUGGCUGUGCCCUUCCUUCACUCACCAAAAUAUGAAACUCUGGCUGCCACUUCCGCCUGGUAUAUGGCUUUGGCUGACUAAAUGGCUCUUCUGGUUCAGAGUUUAAAGGCUCUCAUUGCACCAACCUCUUCGCCAUCAGGUAGUUUUUUUCAUGUUUUAUUGGUUCCCAGAAGCUCCACAUACACACACACACACACACACACACACACACACACACACACAGAAUGAUAAUUUUUAUGAGAUUUUCAAAGGGGCCCCCACAGAUACCACCCCAAAGGUCCAAUCUGGAUAAAAUUCAGGAAGCCAGGCCCUGAAGGGGUUGGCCCUACACUAGUUGAAAUUCAGGGUCCCCUUCUGAAUGAGCAAAGUGUGACAAUCAAGUGUUCAGCCUAACUCCAUCUCUUCAGAUAGCUCACAUUCCCCCAAUUGUUCCUCCCCCUUCACUGUCUAUAUCUAUUUCUAUAUGUAGAUAUAGAUAUAUUCUUGUUUCCUUAGGGGUUUAGUCUGGAUCCCCUUCCAUAUCCCCAACCUCUCCCACCCAGGAAGGAAAUAAACUUCAGGGGAAAGAUAGAAGAAGAGAGCUACAAACUCUAUUUGAUUAAAUGAGGUUAGAAAAGGGGCAGAGGAAUCAGUCAGGAGGCAGAGGUCAAAGGGACUCUCCAGCUAGCCUUUCUUCUUCCUUAGCUCUAAAGAGUGCAGAAAGAAAGGGACAUCCCUCCCCCCUCAACAUGGUUUUCUUAGAGGGGCAUCAGAGGAUGAGGGGGCCCCACUUUUUGGGGAUAAUAGUAUUAUUAAUCUUCAUUCACUUCCUUGAACUUCACACUCAUUCAGACACAGAAAUAAAAGCUGGGUACAAAAGGGAGAAAUCCAAGCAUCCAAACAGUGGGCAUCCCCAAAAGUGAAAUAUCAUCUCUUCCUUAAGGUUCUGAGAUGGAGUUCUGAGAUGACCCUUUCCCUAAGCACCCAGCACCGAGCACCAGUGUUCAGGCCCCAGAUUCCCCCCUCUCUCAGAGGUCCUCAAAAUCCAGAUGGCUUUGGUCUUCAAGCUUGACUUUUCUUGGGCCAUCAUUCAUGCACUACAGUGGCUCUCUUAGUGACCACAAUAUCAAAUUGGGUAAAACAGAGCUGUAGUUUGGGUGAGGGGAGUAUAGUGAGAGAGAUUAGCUCUACAGACACCUGUUCACCUAGAUCAACAAAUUCCAGAGUCCUCUAAUAGAGUUCAUUGGGAAACAUCUCAAUUGGGCAGAAUUAAAACUGCCUCCUUCCCCAUCUGAGCAUCCCCAUACCAGACCUCAUCCGAUGGUACUUUAAACUUUAUUAUCCACUCACAAUUUUUUUGUGAUAUGGACUAUAAAUUGCUGCUCUUGAGGGGUCAGUUUUUCUAACUGACACAUCAUCCACGAACUUGGAUUUUGCUCUUAAUUUUUUAGGGAAUGAACAUCUCCCCCUAUCUACAUCUCUCCCUGAUUAUAUCCUCUCACACCUUGCCCUGCUACUUUCUUCUCCUGUCCUCCGGGCAUCUGGGAAGCAGUAGAUCAACUGCUAGAAUCUCUGAUCAGCUUCAGUCCUGGUUGUGAUGUUCCCCCCUCAAAAAAUGUGCCUCCCAUCCCUCUAGUCUUCUCUCUACCUUCCAUUAUGGCUGGAUUAAGAUCCCUCUGGUGCUUCAUCAUUAUCCAUGAUUAAAGUUAGCCACACAAUAAGAAGGCCUCUGUUUCUUUUUAAGGGAGGGAUUGGGACAAGGUUUUGGAACAAGCAAGAAGGAGGGAAAGCCAACCAAAAGUCAAAGCAGCAGGACUGUUGACAUCCAAACCAAAAAUCAUUUGUUCCCAAGCAGUGCCUCGCAAGUUCCUGCUGGCCUGGCUUUGAGGGGUGUUUCUCAUCUGGCCAUUUCAGUCCUUGCUUAGGAAGCUGUAGGGAAGGAGGGUGAUCUACGUCCUUAAGAGGGUAUAUCACAACCCUGAAAGAAUAAGACUGUGCUAUGUUUCAGGUGAGGGUUCUAGUCUGGAAAUCUUUAAGGCUGUAGAUUCCAUACUUUCCAGUGCCUAGGAAUGUAAGAAUGGUAAAGACAGCAGAAUCCUAGCCCUUGCUGGGAGCUGGAAUGGGAGUCCAUAUCUGUUCUUCCUUGUGGAACCCACAUUCCAAGUUCGGAAGAGGAUGGGGGAACUCGAGCAAAAAUGAGAUGGUCUUGGGGGGUAUGGGAAGCAUUGAGUCCAUCAAAGAUUUCUUCCCUCACCCAAAGCAAUGCUCUACUCAGAGUCACAGACCACCAGAGACCAUCUACUCCAUCCUCCACAUAAGAUUCUGCUUUACCAGUGAGUCCACGGGUUUAUUGGAUUGAAGCAGGAAUGUGAGGAGAUAAGCUGGGGUGGCUUUCCAUCAGCACCCUGGACAGGGGAGCAGGUAGCCCAUCCUGGCCACACCCUUCUAUGUGAUCCCUAAAGAAAAUCCAGUCUGUAACUCCCGUGGUCCCCUGCCCAGGCAUUACCCCUUCUAAGGAUCCCCAGAUCUUGGGGUUCACAUCAACUACUUGGACCCCAAUGAUCCCUCCCAACUCCCACCACCAUCCAACAACAAAAACAACAACAAACCAAACCAAAGGACACCCUUGGUCCCAACCCCACACUCCCCCUUUCCCAGCUCCUGAUUCCCAGGCUCUCGGACUCCUAUUCAAUGCUUUGGACAGGAGUUGGCAAGAGGCAGGAGGGACAGUCCCCCCCAAACCCAGGCUUUUCUGUUACAGUUUCCAUAGAUCUCAUGUUGAUCGCUCAAGGACAAAAUACAGGUGAAAGAGGGGUGGGGAGAGAGGGAGGAGAGGAGAUGCUGCAUAGAGUGAGAUCAAGUACCAGAGAUUUCUCUCUGGGAACAUGAUAUAAUGGAGAGAGAAAAAGAAUUUGCUUUACUGGUGUCCUCUUCAGUUGUUGUUUUUUGUGUGCGUGUUUUGUUUUGUUUGCUUUGUUUUCUCUAAGAUUUCUUUUUCCAUUUUAUAUUUUAUCAAUAUUAUGGGACUAGUUAAUCUGUUUCUUGCUUCUUGCUUACUGCACCUAUCCCACAAUGCCCUCGCACACACACACACACACACACACACACACACACCCAUGCAUCAUAGAUUGGAAGCCACCACAGGCCCAGGACUGAGCUCUCUUAUCCUUGGCCGACCCAUCAACAAAUACAUACACAGACUGCCCAGUUCCAAGGGCACAAUAUUGGGACUGGGAUGGGGGAUGGGAUCUAAUUCUGCCCUUCCUCCUUCCCCUUCCCUCCUACCUGUCCCCUCGCCUCCUGCCUCAGUUUCCCUCUCUCCCCUCCCCUUCUUCUGCGCCUCACACCCUAUUUGAUUAUAACAUUGUAUGAUGCAGCCCUUACGGUCUAGCCGAUGCGCCUACCUAAAUACCAUUUAUUGAAAGUGACGAUGGUUUGUUCCCUAUGCAAAAAAAAAGAAAAAAUAUUCCAAAAAAAAGAAAAAAAUGUAUAAAACAUUAAACAAGCUAUGCUCCAACUCUA